UCCGACAUGCUUUUUACCAGCUGUGCGCUCACACGCUCAUCUUAAGGAUCCAACAUGGAGAGCGCGAUCACAGCUGCACACCUCUGGAUGGAGCUGCUGAACGCUUCCAGCAGCCCCACGGCCGUCCACGGCAGGCCGCAGCACCAGCAGCGCCUCCUCCAGGAACAAGCCUACCGACACUUCACCACCUCCAUCCAAGUUCUUGUGCUCGUCGCGUCGCUGUUCGGAAAUGCCAUGGUUUUAUGGUGCACCUGCUGCACGAAUGUCUUCAAAUCUGUGACUAACCGCUUCAUCAAGAACCUGGCGUGCUCUGGGAUCUGUGCCAGCCUGGUGUGUAUUCCCUUCGACGCCGUCCUUGGUGCCAAUACUCGCUGCUGUUGGUGGCUUCAUACAUUGGUUCUCUGCAAGUUCAUGAAGUUCCUCCACAAGCUCUUCUGCUCCGUCACUCUCCUGACUUUCACUGCCAUCGCACUCGACAGAUACUACUCUGUGCUCUACCCACUGGAGAGGAAGAUUUCAGAUGCAAGAUCCAGAGAUUUGGUCAUCUAUAUCUGGGUCCAUGCAGCUGUGGUGAGCCUCCCUGUGUUUGCUGUGACCAACGUGACUGACGUAUUUGUCACAUCCUCCUGCUCGGAUGACAACGCACGCUCCCUGGGUCACAUGGUGUAUGUGCUGAUUUAUAAUGUUACCACUGUGAUCCUGCCGCUGGCGCUGGUCUUCAUCUUCAUGCUGCUGAUCCGCAGGGCGCUCAGUGCCAGCCAGAAGAAGAAGGUAAUCAUUGCUGCUUUGAGGACUCCUCAGAACAGCAUCUCCAUUCCGUAUGUGUCACAACGAGAGGCUGAGCUGCACGCCACACUGCUAGCAGUGGUGACUGCUUUCUUUGCCUGCAGUACUCCUUAUGGGGCGCUGGUAGUUUAUCGCAGCAUUUUAACGAGCACCAAGGAGAUCCCAAUCUCUUUAUAUCUCACAGCUCUAUGGCUACCCAAGAUGUCUCUGCUCACCAACCCACUGUUUUUUCUUCUUGUUAACCGCUCUGCACGCCAGAGUUGGCUGGACCUGCUGGCCAGGGUUCAGAGACGUUACAGCCGUCGUAAUGUGGUCAGCAUUGUGGGUUUGGCGUCACUGAGGGGAGAGGAUGUUGUAGGUGAGCCAGUCGGGCUGGAGACAGCUGGCCGCUCUGGAAGCCAACUUCUAGAGAUGUUCAACAUUGGCCAGCAACAGAUCUUUAGUCCAUCUGAGGAAGAAGGGGAAGAGAGAGAGAUGGAGAAGAAAAUUCAUUGUCAAGCUUCAGGGGAAAGUUCCAGGACAAAAGUGGACAGCAAGGGUGGUCCUAGAUCUGGAAGCAUUGGAGAAGAAGUGGAUACUUUGCAGAGUAGUGAGGACAGACUGGUCAUCACUAAGGAGGGUACUCCUCCUCCUCUCACAGAGCACAGGGCCUCUCCGGGACACACAUGUGCUUAUGCUUCUUCCUCACAAGUGGCACCAAUUACACCGACAGAAACUGAAGACACCACACAGUUUGGCUUCGGUCCAUUUGAGUUGCCGCCUCAGUGGCUACCUGAAACCAGGAACAGUAAGAAGAGGCUGCUGCCUCCAUUGGGCAACACACCCGAAGAAUUAAUCCAGACCAAGUUGCCCAGGCCGCGGCCAGAACGGCGGAUCAGCAGAAACAACAAGGUCAGCACCAUUCCUAGUGUUGACCCAUGACCUCCUGGUUUAUGUUGACUGCUGAACACAACAGGCAAGAUGAGAGAUGCUGAUAUACCGUGUCAGUGACUUCUUGAGAGCUUUAGUGCAACUUUGAGGGCAUUUUGCCCACUUCACUGCACAAAAGCAUAUAUUUUGCUCUUGUUGGACUUUUAAAUCAAGCAUGAAUAUAAAAUGCACUUUCCAAUUUUCCUGAGAAUGCACUGGCACUAGAAGAGAUUUCUGUAGCAAAUAACAAGGAUAUUAUCCUUUAACAAGUACUAAAAUGCCAAUGAUGGAAUGAGACACUUUGUGUCUGUUGUGACUGUUUUUGUAAUCAUGUUGAAUUUUGUGAAUUAUUUGUUCUUUGUUGUACCUUUUUCAGAUUCUACUGUUUGAAUGUUAUAAUACAUUGUGUUUAGGUUCAUUUUC